CACGAACAACAUCACUCAUCACUCAUCACCCACCACUCAUUCUCAGUAGUACCACUCGCCCAAUCUCUUCUCACCCAUCAUGUCCAGCACCGACCUCUCCAGCCUCAAGAACGACUCCGUCCACCUCUCCAAGGCCAACGGUGCCGUCCUGACCUACGGCUCACCCACUGUCCCUUCUCCCGGUGAAGGUGAAAUCCUAGUCAAAAACAUCGCCGUCGCCUCGAACCCAAAGGACUGGAAACUCUCCCUCUGGGGCUUAUUCGAAGGAAUUGAAGGGAAUGACAUUACCGGUACUGUCGUCUCCGUCGGAUCUGACGUGACUGAGUUCCGUGAAGGAGACAAGGUAGGGUCUUUCACUCGUAUGGCUACGGGAGACCAGUAUGGUGCCUAUCAGAGAUACACUGUCACUCCUGCUGCCACUAGCUGGAAGCUGGGAAAUGUCAAGUAUGAAGAGGCGGCUACGCUCCCCCUUGCGGUUCUCACUGCCGUGCUGGGUCUGUUUGACAAGGCACGACUGGGCCUUGAGGAGCCUUCUGCCUCUGGUAAGCCACAAGGAGAUCACAGCAAGGAGAUCAUCUUGAUCUGGGGUGCUUCCUCUUCCGUAGGUUCCUUCGCGUUGCAGCUUGCCAAGCUUGCAGGAUACAGCGUAAUUGCCAUUGCCGGUCGAUCCGGAUCCCUAGCCAAGAAGCUCGGAGCGGAUGUCAUCAUCGACUACACGGGCAAGAGCGAUGCUCAGCUCAAGGAGGACAUUCUCUCUGCCGAGAAGAGCUUCGGUGAAGGACGACAAAUCGUUGCAGCGUACGACGCAGUAACUACCGAGACUACCACAAGUGUACUUGUCGAGACACUCGGCUCUUCCCCUGCUCUACCCGGCGGUCGUGACAAGAGGAUCACGACGAUCCUGCCUAGCAAGCUCGAGGGAACUCACUCCUCUAGUGGUCCUUCCACUGUUCACCUAGUCAGGACAAACGUUGGGGACUCUCAUAAUGGAUCCGAGGAGCAGAAGAAGCUCACUAGUAGGUGGAUUCGACAGCUGGGCGCUUGGCUCGAGGAAGGAAUCUUCAAGCCAAAUGUCGUAAAGGUCAUUCCCGGUGGACUGGCUGGAGUCAAGGAGGGACUGCAAUUGCUCCAGGAGGGCAAGGUCAGCGGUGAAAAGCUUGUAUACCGUAUCGACGAUACCCCCGCCCAGUAGAGUCUUGCUCAGCCACUCGGAGAAGCGGUCAAAGUCUUUGUUGCCCGGAAGUCGGAAAUUGUGUAAUUAGCAGGAUGUGUCCAGAGCUACGAUGAAUGUAUCG